CUCUGCCCCGCCUUUUAUCCGGAGGAGACGGAGGAAGUGGGAGCGGUGAAGACGGUGGCGGCGGCGGCUAUGAUGGUGCAUCUUUCCUUUACUCCUCAGAGAUUGAAGGCGGAGAAUUGUUUCAUCAAGAGUUGUCUUUUGCCCACGGAAUGAAAGAGGAUGCACGUUUUUCACAGUCCUGGAGUUGUGAAGUUGUCCACCAAGAAGGAGGAAGCUUGUACCUGAAGCAAAAACUAUAACUGAUGCUACUAAAUAAUUGAUACUUAUUUUAGUUGGCUAAGUCUCAGCCCCUGUGGUUGCAGAUAAUUUAUGGACUUUUUCUGAUAACAUCUUUUGGGGCCUUAUGGUGCACUAUGGUACAGGUGCUCUGAACAAGGAAUUAGUCGUGUCCUCUGAUUCAGGUUACUAAAACUAGUAUGAUAAACUUGAGCGAAGCUAGUCACUAUAAUUACCUGUCCUGUUUAAUAUUGGGUUGCUGUACACUUAGUGCAGUAAAAACCUAGUACGAAAAUUGUGCCUGUAUCUACUUCUUUGCUAGCUGCAUCAGGAUUAUCACGUGGCAUAACAGUCACAGUUGUGUACUUCUAAUCCCACUGGAUCACAAAGCAAGAGGAAAAAAACUGUUGGAAAGAGCUAGACCUUUGUCUACUUAAUCUGAGGAUUUUUAUUUUCAUUUUUCUUUUGCAAUUUUUGAGCUACUUCGAGGGAAAUAAUGUCCUUCUUUAACUUUCGCAAGAUCUUCAAGUUGGGAGGUGAAAAGAAGAAGAAACAGUAUGAGCAUGUAAAGAGAGACUUGAAUCCAGAGGACUAUUGGGAAAUCAUAGGAGAACUAGGUGAUGGUGCUUUUGGCAAAGUAUUCAAGGCUCAAAACAAAGAAACAAGAGUCCUUGCGGCUGCAAAAGUGAUUGAUACUAAAUCUGAGGAAGAACUUGAAGACUACAUGGUUGAAAUUGAUAUCCUAGCAUCCUGUGAUCAUCCGAAUAUUGUCAAACUUCUAGAUGCUUUUUAUUAUGAAAAUAAUCUUUGGAUACUCAUUGAAUUCUGUGCUGGUGGUGCUGUAGAUGCUGUAAUGUUGGAACUUGAAAGACCACUAACAGAGCCACAAAUCAGGGUGGUUUGCAGGCAGACACUGGAAGCACUGCACUAUCUACAUGAAAAUAAAAUUAUUCACCGAGAUCUAAAGGCUGGCAAUAUACUUUUUACUUUAGAUGGAGACAUCAAACUGGCGGAUUUUGGAGUGUCUGCUAAAAAUACAAGGACAAUACAGAGGCGAGAUUCUUUCAUUGGUACUCCAUACUGGAUGGCUCCUGAAGUGGUGAUGUGUGAGACAUCUAAAGACAGGCCUUACGAUUACAAGGCUGAUGUUUGGUCUUUAGGUAUCACUUUAAUAGAAAUGGCUGAAAUAGAACCACCUCAUCAUGAAUUAAAUCCAAUGCGAGUUCUGCUGAAAAUAGCAAAGUCGGAGCCACCUUCAUUGGCACAACCUUCAAAAUGGUCAUCUGAUUUUAAGGACUUCUUAAAGAAAUGUCUGGAAAAGAAUGUGGAUGCAAGGUGGAGCACUGCUGAUCUACUGCAGCAUCCAUUUGUUACUAUAACUUCCAAUAAACCAAUCAGAGAACUGAUUGCUGAAGCAAAGGCAGAAGUUACAGAAGAAGUAGAAGAUGGAAAAGAUGAAGAUGAAGAGGAGGAAUCUGAAAAUUCCCUGCAGUUGCCUACAGAUAAGCGAGCCUCGUCUGACCUCAGCAUUGCCAGCUCAGAAGAAGAUAAACUUUCACAGAAUGCCUCUAUCCUCGAAUCUGUUUCUGAAAAAACAGAGAAAUCAUCCAUAGAGGGAGCCAGUACCAAUGCACUUGAAAGUGAAAAAAUGCAUACCAAGCCUGACAGAUCUGAGAAAGAGAAAUCUACUGGAAGCACAAGUGACACCACACAGGAAAAUAAUGAAAAGCUACAGAAUGGGUCUGCAUUACUCCAUGAAGAAAAGGAAGCAAAGAAAAAUGGAGUUGAAAAGACUCUUCCAGAUGUAAAAUUUAGUGAAGACACUGGGUUGCAGAAAGAAGGAAAGGAAAUUGAUGCAGUAGUAUCUGAAAAUAAUGUUAAACCCAACGUGAACAUAGAAAAGAAAGAUAACUUUUCAGAUGAAUCAACUAUUGAAGAUAAACAAGAAAUAAAACUCGAGACUGCAGGUAGUAGCCCAGAAAUUACAGAACAAAUCUUAGCAGAUACUGGUUUCAAAGAAGAAAAAGAAAACACAACUGACAUUCAAGAAGAUAAAGCUGGGGAAGAAAGCCCCAUAGAAGGAAUUAAAGAAAUUAACAAGUUGCAGGAUGAUAGCAAAUGUGAAGAUAGUGGCCUGAAAGAAUCUGAAGGUCAGAGUUAUGAAGUCACUUCUGGUACUGAAACGUCUUGGGAGGCAGAUGCAAAUAAAUCAGUUGAUGAUCUGCGGAAGCAAAUAAAAGAAGAUACUAGUAGAGCUCAAGAGACAGAUAAUGGUGAUGAAACGCUGACUGCAAAUGCAGAGAAAGUGCCUGGAAGUGCUCCUUGUGAGACAGCAGUUUGUAUUUCUGAACAGGGGGAAGUCCCCUCUGAUCCACUCCCUGUUGUAGGGGAAAACAGCAUGAUAGAUUCUGAUCAGCAACUAGUUGAGAAACUCACUGUAAACACCUCAGAAGAAACAGAAGUCACAGUUCCAGAAAAAGUAGAAGGUCUAGAACAGAAGACAGUAGAAAGCAACACUAAGCAUGCUCAAGAAGCAAGAGGAACUGAGGAAAGCAGCAGUCAACAUGAGGGUAAAGUUGCAGAACUUGAAGAUAAAUUACAAAGCAGAGCUGGGGAAAACCACAAGAAUAACAUUCAAAUAGACACAGGCCUUGCACCAGUUUCCUGUGAUACACAAGUUAAAAAUAAGCCUGAAAAUACUGCAGUCAAGCAACCGCAUGAAUGUGAACAUUCUUCAGUACCCAAUAUUAACAUUAGCCAAGCAGAAAAUGAGGCAGAAAAUAAAUCAAUUGAUCAAGAUAAUGUUGAAAGCUCCCGACAUCUUGAUCCUGCAAGCUCUAAAGAAAAUGAUACCGAUUCAGGCACUGGUUCUGCAGCUGACAAUAGCAGCAUUGAUUUGAACUUAUCAAUUUCCAGUUUCCUCACAAAAAACAAGGAAAGUGGAUCAAUAUCUUUACAAGAAACUAAAAGACACAAGAAAACUCUAAAGAAAACUCGCAAAUUUGUUGUUGAUGGUGUAGAAGUAAGUGUGACUACAUCCAAAAUAGUUACUGAGAGUGAUGCUAAAAGUGAAGAAUUGCGAUACCUUCGCCGUCAAGAAUUACGGGAGCUACGGUUGCUCCAAAAGGAAGAGCAACGUGCUCAGCAGCAGCUCAGUAAUAAACUACUGCAACAACGAGAGCAAAUGUCCAGGCGCUUUGAACAAGAAAUGACAAGUAAGAAACGUCAAUAUGACCAGGAGAUUGAAAAUCUAGAAAAACAGCAGAAACAAACAAUAGAGCGAUUAGAACAAGAACAUACAAACCGUCUACGUGAUGAAGCAAAGCGUAUUAAAGCAGAACAAGAGAAAGAAUUGUCCAAAUUUCAGAACAUGUUGAAAAACAGAAAAAAAGAGGUUUUUAAUGAAGUGGAGAAAGCACCAAAAGAGCUGAGAAAAGAGCUCAUGAAACGCAAGAAAGAGGAGCUUACUCAAUCCCAGCAUGCUCAGGAACAAGAGUUUGUACAAAAGCAGCAGCAGGAACUGGAUGCCUCACUGAAGAAAAUAAUUCAUCAGCAAAAAGCAGAGCUAGCCACCAUUGAAAGGGAUUGUCUUAAUAACAAGCAGCAGCUCAUGAGAGCCCGUGAAGCUGCCAUAUGGGAACUAGAAGAGCGACACUUACAGGAGAAACACCAGCUGCUAAAGCAGCAGCUGAAAGAUCAGUAUUUCAUGCAAAGACAUCAGUUGCUUAAACGACAUGAAAAAGAAACAGAACAGAUGCAAAGAUACAACCAGCGGCUUAUUGAAGAGUUAAAAAACAAACAGACCCAGGAAAGAGCCAGAUUGCCAAAAAUCCAGCGCAGUGAAGCAAAAACUAGAAUGGCAAUGUUUAAAAAAAGCCUAAGAAUUAACUCUUCAAGCACUCCGGAGCAGGAUCGUGAUAAGAUUAAACAGUUUGCUAUCCAAGAAGAAAAGAGACAGAAAAAUGAAAGACUGGCUCAACAUCAGAAGCAUGAAAAUCAAAUGCGAGACCUUCAACUACAGUGUGAAGCCAACAUAAGAGAAUUGCACCAGCUACAGAAUGAAAAAUGCCAUCUACUGGUUGAACAUGAAACUCAGAAACUAAAAGAGUUGGAUGAGGAGCACAGCCAAGAACUAAAAGAAUGGCGAGAGAAGCUGAGACCAAGGAAAAAGACAUUAGAAGAGGAAUUUGCCCGGAAGCUUCAAGAACAAGAAGUUUUCUUUAAAAUGUCUGGAGAAUCUGAAUGCCUUAAUCCAUCAGCACAAAGCCGGAUUUCUAAAUUUUACCCAGUCCCUAGCCUGCAUUCUACUGGAUCAUAAACUUGGAACCUCUGUGAGGUGGCUUUGAGUGAGCUUUUUAGCAUUCACAAUUCCCAUCUUCAGCACCAAUCUAUCUACACACAGCAUCCAGGAAUCUUGAUGGAAUCUCAUAGUGGGACGCAAGCCUAAGCUGUUAGCGAUGAUCUAUAAUGCUCCAAAAAUAGAGAAGAUUCUUGAACAAAGUUGCUACUACUAAUUUAACCAAAUCUUGCUAGCCUCUUUAAUUCAGUGCCUGAAACUGUUUAAUGUGCUGUUUUUUGUAAAAAUAUCAUGUUUCUGUAUCACUAAAGAAACUCUUCUUUGUCAUGAUAUUGUAACAGAAAUGUUUGCUGUUGUUACUGCCACACUGUUUUUUGUCAAAUCCUUGCACUGAAAAAUCCCAUUCAACUUUAUAGUAUACAGUAUAUCUUCUCCCCCCCCCGCCCGCACUUCUGUUUUCAUCUAAUGGUUUUCCUCCAAAAGGGUGUAAAAUCUCCUCCUCUUCCAUGUCCAGACAUGUAUUUGAGAAAUAUGAACUGUGUGGAUUCUCUCUUCAGCAGAGUAGCAGAUUGAAACCACGGAGCACUGAAUAGCCAUGGCCAUCUCAGUCCUUACAAAUCAGUGCUCAUGCCUCUAAUUCCAGGAGAUGAGGGGGAGAGGGUUUCUUUCAAAACAUCUGUUGUUCUACAGAAGGAUUUUAGUUAAAUAUACAGACAAAUAGUUAAAUCUGCUACAUUAUUUUGCUGUGAGGUAACUAAAUUUAAGUGGUUUUAUUUCUAAAAUUCAUUGCUGUAUUGUAACUUAUUUUGUUGGGAUAUUUAUGUUAUUAGCAGGAAACAUACCUGUAUUCAAAACAAAAACUGCAGUUAUUUGGGGCUUACCAAUUGAGUCACAUCAGAAACAGUAUUGUAAACUGUUUUUUGAUAUGCUAAUAUUGGAUUUGUAAUACUGUAUAAUACAAAUAUACAGUUGCAUCCUAUCUUUUGCAGCCUAAUGUUUUAGUAGAUAACUUUGGAUAAUAAACUGUAAGUUUUUACAUUUUGCUACCUUGAAUUAAAUGGGAGAAUGUUCACUUUCAUAUAAAUUUUAUAUUAUUUCAGCAGCAUUCCUGCAUGCAAAGGAAAGUGGAUUAUCAAGUCAGAUGUGAUCAGUACUUUGGCUACUGAUUUGAGAUAGUGAGUGGUUGAUUAAUUGUGAAACAGUAGUAAGUAUAGUUUGAAAAUGCAUGUUUUCAGUUGUUUUGUUUUUCCCAAAUUAUAAUUUAUACUUUACAUAUAUUUCAUAGUUAGCCUUAUUACUCCACAUUUUAUUUUAUAAAUAAGGAUUGUGUUCUACAUUGUAAAUUCUUAUAUACAUCACUAGAAUGUUGUAUUUCACUGUAUACAAAGGUCUUAAAUUUGUUUAUUCUGAGUUGCUUAGGUUAUACAAGUAUUCAAAUCUUACAUUUUUUAAACUUCACCUUUAUGAAAAAACUAGUAUUGACUCUUAAUAUUAAAUACUGUUUAUCUGUGUAAUCAACUGAUAGUUUGUUUUAAAAUCUAGAAUCCACUGAAAUCUUUGGGGGAUUAUAGCUCUGUAUACAUUUUUCCUAUAAAUUAUAUGAUCUCUUAGUAUUUGUUGGUUUAAAGGGUUUACUUCUGUGAUGAUGCUGUUCCAUGUGAAUUGGAUAGUUGUACCACAUCUCACAAGAAAAUCAACAAACUAAUGGCCUCUUCCUAAAUUACUGUCUCCUGGGCUGGUGACCUUAUGUAAUUGUUAACAUAUGCUGCAUGCAUAGAGCAUUCCUUUCUUAGCAUGUUACACAUCUCACAAAAUCAAACCUUGAUUAUAGCCCCAUUUUCAUGGUAUAAGCUUUGUUUGGAUUUGAAAAAUAUGUUUGUACAUGCUUCUUAUACUCACAUGCUUUGGUUCUUCUGAACUUUGUGUCUUAAUGUAGGUUGCUGUUACAUGGGAGUCAGGAAAAAUAUGGUAAUAGCAAAUCACAAUGGUUUGCCCCCUUCAAAUCAUUGUUUUCUGCCCUGCUUUGGGAACAGGUUCUCUUUGUGCCUGAUUUGGAAAUCACAAUAAACUGGUUAGUAAGGCAUCCAGUGAAGCACAUACCUGGACCAGGCAAAAGAAAGAGGGGAGUGUAUAUGCUUAAGAGGCAAACGAUGGUGUUGGCCUGAUGUUUAAACUAGGCCAGGCACAAAUCACUGGAGCAAGAAGGAUAGCAGUCAUAAAUAAACGGAUUACUAAGAUUA